GGCCAAUACUUGAAAAGACGUAGCGAAAAAGAAAAACCAAAUCCAACCCAGUUUUCACAGGGAAAAAGGACCAAUAAAGAUGAAACCUCCAACUCCAAACCUAAAGUUUGUAUAUGCCACUGAAAUCCAAAAAUCACUAUGCAGGGUUUAAAGAGAAGUUCCUCUGUCAUAACGCAUUUCUCUGUUCCUCAUAUCAGAAAAAAGGUUUCCAAUUCUUUGUCAGCUAUUGAAGAUACUUUUCUAUCAACCAAGGAUACAUUUGAGAGGCAUAAAGUUGUGUUUACGAUCCUAACUUCUAUCGCAUCUAUUGGCACUGCUUGGGCUGGCUAUACGAUACGCCACCUUCAUGAAACAAAAGUUGAAGAAAGGCUUGACUCAAUCGAGAAAGCUAUGAGAAAAAAUUAUGACCUUGAAGGUAAGGAAUUCAAAAAGCUGGUUGGCACAGGUAGUUCUAAUGCUGCAGCCUGUGUUGCCACAGCCGGGGUCUCUUUAGUUGUCGGGUACGGGUUGGGUUGGAGAGGUGGGAGAUGGUAUGCAAACCGUAAAUUCCAAAGGGAACAGAUGAAACUACUGGGACAGGUUAAACCGAAAAAGUGGCAACUGCAGAAGUUUCUAAGACGUCCCAUGAUUCGAUUGAAGAAGGCAAAUAGUAGCGUGAAAGCCCCAGAAAGUGUGCAAAAUACGAUUUCCGAUGCUGCAAAUAAUGCUAGAGAAGCAAAUCCUGCUUGAAAUGUGGAUAAAAGAUGUAGGAGGAAACAUUAGAUGAAAAUGAGUCUUGACAUAAACAUAUAUAUCUGUACAUGUUUGAUCUCUGGGGUUUGGCAGGGCAGGGUUCAUCUGCAUUAGACUUCUAUUAACCUUGAAAUAAAGGUUUGAUUUUGUUUUUUAAAUGAAUAUAGAAACCAAUUCCCCACAGUCUGAAGUGGGACAUAACUUUCUUUUAUGAAUAUUUUGGUCAGGGAAGAUUCAACUUGGACACAUUGUAUGAGAAUAUAAUCUAUUUGUUUCGAUUA